GGCGACUUGCCUGUAAGUACAGUAUGGACUCGGAUGCAACAACACAUACUAGUAACAACUCCCGAACUCGGCUCUGGAUUGUUGCUCUCUGCAUUUUCAUGAAGAUCAGCAUGAUACUUUUCUUCUGCAGUAUUCAAGUCGGUGAAAAAACGAACAAAGUCUAUUCGUUUGUUGGCGACGAUUUUCCUCGACUGUUGCCCCUAGCACAGGCUGAUCCAGUCCUGAUGGCCUUCGAGGAUUCGGUACAUUAUCAGAUAGACACUGAAGAUGGGAGGGCGGAGUGGGCCAGCCUAAUGCCGGGUAACGGGCUUGUUUAUCUUGGGGAGCAGCCUGGUCGCCCAUUCUCGAUCUCAAUGUUCCACCAAUUGCGUUGCCUCGAUAUCAUACGAGAGGAUAUUGUUGGAGCAGACAGCAAUGCAGCUCUGAGCCGUCACUGCCUCAACUACUUGCGUCAGAUGAUAAUGUGUCGCAGUGAUGCUCAGCUGGAAAACAUACUAUUAGCAAGCAGGGAAGAUUCAUUACAACCGUUUUUCGUGCGACCCGGGACAUAUGUGUGUAAUAAUUGGAAUUCUGUAUUGGAGGAAGUGAAGAAGAACCAGGCUGGAGCUGAGCGCUGAGCUUACACUGUGAUAGUAUAU